ACUAGCAACUGAACUGUGUGCUCAAAAUGAAAACAGAGAUGUCUAAACCUCUCUAACAUAUCUCUUUUCCAGGAGGAAAGCAGUAGAUGCGAGGUGAUGGAUGUGAGGGCAGCCCACUGCCUGCUCCUCUGGGCCGUGCUCUUCCUCCCAGCCGCGCCGCGCGCUGCUCUCAGGGUUCUCAGUAAGGAGUCAAAGACUGGUAAUCAGCAAGAUGAGUGUGUAAAUCUCACUCCCUGCAAAGAUAAUGGAGCUAUGUGUAUCCAGCCUUGUUCUCCCUCCUUCCAUGGGGAGACAAGCUUUGUCUGCAAAGACAGAAAGUGGCAAAUGUUCACCGAUGCCUGUGCAAGCCUGGAUAUUCAGUCUCUUUUUCAGAGGGUUUCGGAACGUGUACUCAUUCCAAGCUUUGGAGGACACCUUCCUUUCGUAGGGGAAGGAAAGCCGGUACAUGGGAAGCCUGGAGAUGUAGCAAAACAUUUUGGUGGUGAUGACCAUGGGGAUAGUAACUGCCAAGCUGACUUUUCAUGCAUCAUCCCAGAUAUCGUCUCUUCACCAGCCAUUCCAGGAAACAUUGCUGAUAUAGUGGAACUGCUACAGAAGAUUACCCUGCUGUUAUCAGAGAACGUCAAUAGAGGGCAAAUGCAGAGUUACAGCAGGAUAGCAAACCAUAUUCUGAACAGCUCCAUCAUUUCCAACUGGGCUUUUGUAAAGGACAGAAAUGCUGGUUCGAUAUUACUGGAUUCAGUGAAUUUAUUUGCUGGGAAACUUCUUCUAAAGAAUGGGUCAGAAAGUAUACAGGAGCGCUUCAUCUCUACAGAAGGCUGCAGCAUACAUAAGAAUACUUCAGGAAAGAGUUUUGCUUUUUCUAUGGAGUUCAGUGACACAGGCAAUAUCACUGGGCAUGUGGUCAUUCCAAAAGAAGAGCUUCUGAAGUUACCCAAGACUUCCAAAGCCAUCAGCAUUGCUUUUCCAACACUUGGAGCCAUUAUAGAAACCAACCGUUUGGACCCUGUUCUUGUCAAUGGAAUGGUGUUAUCGGUGUCUCUGCCAGAAGAGCUGCAGCAUGUUUUGCUCACCUUUGAAAAGGUGAAUAAACUGGAGAAUAUCAAGGCGCAGUGUGUCGGGUGGCACUCUGCCGACAGGAGAUGGGAUAGCAGGGCGUGCACAGUGAAGUCUGACAACAUCAGCAGCGUUGUUUGCAUCUGCAAGCAUCGACAUCGGACAUUCAAAUCCUUCUCCAUUUUGAUGUCCCCCGCCACGCUGCGAAAUGCAGUGCUGGAUUACAUUACACGUGCAGGGUUAGGCCUUUCCCUUUUCAGCCUGGUCCUCUGCCUUAUCAUCGAGGCUGUUGUCUGGCAUCAUGUUACAAAGACUGAAAUAACCUACAUGCGCCACUUCUGUUUGGUCAACAUUGCCACGUCGCUUCUCAUCGCUGACGUUUUGUUCAUCUUGGCGGCUAUUGUGCACAAUACAGCCCUAAACUACCAGCUGUGUGUAGCAGCCACUUUUUUCCUUCACUUUUUCUAUCUUGCCUUGUUUUUUUGGAUGUUUACCCUGGGCCUCUUGAUUCUCUAUGGAUUAUUAUUAGUUUUUUUUAAGAUAACAAGAUCUGUGUUCAUAGCUACAGCAUUCUCUAUUGGAUACGGAUGUCCCUUGGUCAUAUCUAUUCUCACUGUUGCUAUUACUGAACCAAAAAAUGGGUAUUUAAGGAGUGGAGCCUGUUGGCUUAAUUGGUAUGAGACAAAAGCCCUUUUGGCCUUUGUCGUACCCGCUCUGAGCAUCAUUGUUGUGAAUGUGGUGGUGGUGGUGGUGGUUGUGGUGAAGACGGGAAGAUCCUCCAUUGGAGAAGGCUGCAAGUCACAAGAUUUGAACAACAUGAUCCGAAUUAGCAAAAACGUGGCCCUUCUGACACCUCUUCUGGGUCUCACCUGGGGGUUUGGAUUAGCAACGAUUGUCGACAGCGGCUCUCUGGCGUUCCACGUUACGUUUGCAGUACUGAACGCUUUCCAGGGAUUCUUCAUCCUGUUGUUUGGGACACUUCUGGACCGAAAGACAAGAGAAGCCCUAAGGAUGAACUGCCUUUCAUCAAAGCGGACAUGUAGUCUGGCAAAGUCAUAGCAGAGGACAGUUGUCUUCAGUGGACCUGACCAGUGAGAGGAAAAGGAGCACUUCUUACACAGGAAAUCCUGGUUGGAGAUAAGCCGAAGUGGCUGAGCAGCUUGGAGCAUGGACGUCACUGUCUUGGAGCACAACCGCAGGAAGCAUCGUGAAAACCAGAAGAGAAAAGGCCCUGAACCUGCUGUCAGGAGCAGGAAACCAUCAGUGUUGCUGCAACCCUUGAAGGAAACACACUGUGAUACAUAAAGGUUGCUUCUUACCUUUAUGAAAACUGCUGUGAGGAGAGUUUGUCCUCGUUUGCCAUUUCAGUGCUUGCUUUUCUUUUUUUUUACGUCAGUGCAAUAAGGAACUGUAAAGCAUGGGGACUGUUGUAAAAAGGUUUGAUUUGCAAUGUGAUGUACAAAUACAAAGCAUUAUCUAGCUGGUUUUGCCUGUCCUUGAUCAUGAGCAGUUCUAUUGGGUGACGCCGUAUUCAUCGUUGCCAUUUGUCCUCUCGGACUGACAGACAACGUAACUCUCUUUCUGCAUCAAGGCUGUUCUCUCCAUCUCAGUAUUUGUUCUCUCCAUCUCAGUAUUUGUUCUCUCCAUCUCAGUAUUUGUGUGUCAGAGGAAUUGUACAAAGCCCUUUUUUGGUCUGUCAGGACAGAAUUUUCAUUCUUCAGUCCUGCAAAACAAUGACGGAGAUAAACAAGAAAGAGCACUCUGCAAAUAAUUGCUUUCCCACAUCUGAAGAGGGGAACUAAGCUUUGAAUAUGCUUCAGAGUUAAUCAAGUGGAUGGAGAUCUCCUGUGUCCCGUGCAAUGUGCUAACAAAGGAAAUGAUUCGUCCAUGUGAGACCGUGUACCUGGUUUCAUUAGAAAAUCAGUCCUUGGUCUGAGAAACCCUUUCUGAAUGAAAGCUUUGACAGAAACGUUACUGUCUCUUGUCAGGACAAAUCGAUGCUUUCAAAUGGAAAUAAAGGUGAAAUUUUGGUCGUUGUUUCUAAUAAGUGAUCCUUACCGUCCUCUACCAAAGAAAGUAGAU